GAAGAUUGGGGGGGAGACGAAUAGAGGGCAAAUAGAUAGGGAUUAGAGCGAGAGAGAGUGCAAGGUGGUAGGUCCCACGUCGACACCCUCCCAAGCUGUCUUGCUUUGUUUGAGAACUCUCGAAGACAAAAGGGUCUCUUGCUUUUUCUCUUUCCCCUUUUUUCUCCUACUCUCUUUGGCUGCUGCUCAUGGCAAAUCAUGAUCCCUCUCCUCAUUCCCCAAGUCCGCCUCCUCCUCCAUCUCCUCUCCCCUCAUCCCUCACCAGCAAAAACAACUGCAAUUAAUGAAGUUAAUAUCUUAUUUCCUAUCCCUUAACACUUGUCUUUCUUUUGGUAUCAUUUCACUCUGUGCACAUCCUCUUCCUCCUCCUGCCACCCUCUCAUUCUCUGCUCUCUAAUCGUUUGGUUGUUUUUGUAUAGAUUCUUUGCUUUCUCCGAAACACCCCAAUUCCUCUCCUUUCUAUCUUCUUCUCUGUCUCUGUAUAUAGAGCCCAACCCAAAGCCCAAACCUUCCCCCAAAGUGCAUGCUCCAUCCUAUCCCACCACCGAUUUCAACACCUUCUUGGCCCAUCUAGGGUUUCUCUUUUAUUUUUUUUUUCCUCACUCUUUCUCUCUCUUUUUCCUUUCCUUUUUUUUAUUAUGAUUCUUAGGAUUAUUGUGUCCGCCUCUCCGCUUUCCGAUCUUUUGCUUUCCUGUCAAAAAUAAUCCAACCACCACCCCUGUUGUUUGAUUCCCUUAAAUCCCAUUCCCAAUGGAUUCUGGGUAUAUUUCUUUCCCUCCAAUUCUAGGGUUUUUCUAGGGUUUUAUCAUUAAAACCAUGUCUUUUUAGUCUCUCUGUUCUGGGGUCAACUUUAUUAUCACUUGAUUUCAUUCGUUUCUAAAAUUUUUCAUCAUCUUUUCUUUUUGCCGUCCGAACAAUCUUCCACCUUUUUCUUUUUUUUACCCCUUAAUAUCGCUGGAAUUGAAUCGGGUUAUCUGGGGUUAUGGCGUAUCAGCCGAUUCCGGGUCCGAGCUCGGGGUCGAGCUCGAGUUCUGGCUUUCAAUACAUAAAUUCCCCUUUUGGAGAUACAACAUACACCAAGGUCUUUGUUGGGGGACUUGCUUGGGAAACGCAAAGCGAAACCAUGCGCCGCUAUUUCGAGCAAUUUGGUGAAAUUCUGGAGGCCGUUGUCAUCACUGAUAAGAACACUGGCCGUUCCAAAGGAUAUGGUUUCGUGACUUUCCGGGAUCCAGAGGCUGCUAGGAGAGCCUGUGCUGAUCCGACUCCAAUUAUUGAUGGCAGGCGCGCUAAUUGUAAUUUGGCUUCACUUGGCCGACCUCGUCCUCCAGUUCCUUACGGUAUCAUCUCUAAUUUGUCCGGACGCUUGAGACCAGCUUCUCCAUACAUUGGAGGUGUACAAGCUACACGAGGGGCAUAUGUUGGAAGUUUUGGCUACCAGCCACCACUCUCUUACAGCUAUCAACAAGGAUUGAUGUACCCUUCUUAUGGGUAUCCGACCUAUGGACAUGAAUAUCUAUAUCCACAGGUUAAUGGCAUUCUAAAGUGCAAUGUUCUGAAAAUCUUAUUUAACUUCAUUAGAGUAAGUAAUGCUCAUGUUCUGAUACUGAUUUAUUCCUUGUUUUUGCAUGCUAUCAUCUAUGGACAGGGUGUUUACAACCCUUAUGCAGCUCAGCAGUACCUUCAGAUAUAUGGAGUACCUGGAUCAGCAGGCACAGCUCUCUAUCCCUAUGGACAACUGGGUCAGACUGUUCCUAGCGGACAUGGUUAUUCAGCUGUACAGGGAUAUGCAUUGCCAAGUCAUCAAAUAGUGCAGUUUGGUGGACCCAGUGCUAAUGCAAUCACGACUUCUGCAAUGCCCACAAUCCAAACUCCUUAUCCUGGAGGUAUGGCAACACCAGUUCCAGCACAGCCACAGUUUAUAGUUACUACUCCUUCUCAGUUUAUGCAAGGUAGCGGUUCUGACCAAACAACUGGGUGAGGAGUUGAUCAAGGUAUCCUUAGAUUGCAGCAGGACUAAGAGCAGCGGAACUGCUACUUGAGUGGCGGGCUUCGGAUCUAGCCUUGCAAACUAUUUAUUUUGCAUUCUAGAGGUCAUACGUAGUCAUGCUCACCAGAGAAGUCAUAUUGUCUGAGUCGCUCCAGAUGGUGGAGAAGCAAUACGGAGGAUGCAGAAAGCUCUUCCUUUACCCUGGUGUAUCUAAAUUCUAAACCACAUAUACUGCAGGCGCUCGGGUUGGGUGGCUGGCAGUCAUGGAUUUAUGGAUGCUGGAAUGGGUUUCUAGCAACCAUAUAGGAAUAAAAUGGUGUAAAAAUACUUGUUAGAAUCAACAUAUGAUUCUUUUAUAGUCUAGUCCCAGCAUUUGGGUGUAUAGAUAGUCUCUGGUGUCUGGUGGUGUCCUGCAUUGUAUGUAGACAUGGUUCUAGUUUUGUGCAUAUUAGUGGUAGGGGGGUCAUUGGACACACGAAAACUCUUGCAUUUUAUGAAUUAUUAUGAGAGCCUGACUUCAAAGCAUGGAGGAAGCUCCGGAUGCAUUUUCUUUGAAAUGGAAAGACCAAAAAAGAAAAAAAAAAUGGUGUGUACAAA